GCCCCACAGUCUCAGCAGAAAUCAGGUGUCUUGGUGCAGAUCAGCCCCUUCUUGCUUCUGAUGAGCAGAUUUAGUACUGCUGUGUGAAUGAAACAGCAGGUCUAGUCCCUUGGUUGAUGCUGACUGAUCACAUGCCAAAUUGUCCCUGAGUCCCACUUACCAUCCUUGCUGACUGCCUCCACCUUGUGCACCUGGGGAGAGACAAAAUUUAUGGUACCACUGCCAGGGCUCUGGCAAAUGUUGGGGAAACAGUUUCACCUCCUCCCCUCUAGUUUUCUUCAUGGACCAAAGGUCACUGAUAAGCUUUCUGUGAUCAGACAGGUUGUGGCUUCCCAGUAUUCCCAUGGGAACCAGGACCUUCAGGGGAACAUGAGCUGCCCCAAGACUGGUGAUCACCAGACAGUCCUACUUCUGCCCCCCUCUGUUGUCUGCUCCAGAAGCUUCAGCUCCAUGGUGGAAGCAGCAACAUGCCUGUGUGUGGCUUUGCAAAUCUCUUUCCUCCUCUGUGCAAAGCAGCGUGGUGCAAAACACAGAAGCGCAAGGCUGGGGGGUUGGUAUAACAGGGUGGUGGAGAAAGGUGUCCUUCAGAUAAAAUCAGUGCUAUAUGGGUCAACCCCUGCCCUCCAGCCUGUCCCCAGCACCAGCCUGCUCACCUGCUGUUUAGAUGGACACAGAUUUCCUGAGCUGCCAGACAGAUGUCUGAAGACUGAGGAAAAACCAAAGCAAGUCAAACCUGAUGUAGCUGGGUGCUUUUAUCUGCAGGUAGAGCUGAGCAGCAGCAGGCUGGUUCCCAGCUGAAUCUUUCCUUCUGUAUCAAGCAUAAAUUCAUCAGGUAUUCCAUUUCCUGGAAAGAAAAAAAAAAAGAGCAGAAUAACUCACUUAGAAAUAAAGAGUAGAGCUAUUUUUUUCCUCUGACAUGGUGAAUGCAAUUACCUAAGGCAUGGGAGGCUGAGAUAACUCAUCCAGCCCCCACUUUCCAAAGAAACCAUCAUCAUUCUGUCAGAAAAGUCUUUAAAAGCCAAUUCACAUCCUGAAUGCUAAAACAUCACCACAUACAGAACCUGUCCUUAUGAUUUCCACACACCAGCUGCAGCACUGCAAUCAAAGCACACUCAUAGACAGGGCAGAGUACAUUAUUAUCAGGGCCAUAUACACCACCACACAAGCUUCCCGUGUUGUGUUUGCUGACCCUUCUGUUGCUGUUGGCAACUCUUUGUCCUUCAGGAGCAACUCCCAGCGAAGCAAAGCAUACUGGUAUUCUGUUACCAGCAUGAGAGCCACACUGGGGCUGGGAAAGUGUGUAUGGGGAAAGAGACCAAAGCUGUGUCUGGAGAGUUCAGUGAAGGGAAACCAUAAGCCUGCACUUGCCUCCAGUUAUAAUCCCAUUUGGGCUGCACCCUCCUGUACCAUUACAUAAUGGGGAGUGCAGUAAUACUUUCAGCAAUGCUGUUUGAAUGGCAGCAGUCCAAUUCUGGACUGUAUUUUAUCUUUUUUUUUUUUAACGGUGGGGUGGGGAGAGGAGGUUGGCAGAGGGGAGAAAGCAUCAGUUUGGUUUUGUCUGCAAUCCCUGUUUUGCUUUGGGAGCUUUAGAGGACAGACACAUUCUUCUAUCUCCGCUAAUCUCCCUCUGAUACAGAGGAUUUUCCUGCCAUUAAAUGAUAGCUUGUGAGAAAAAAAAAUGCCAACUUUUCAGAGACUGAGUCGUAUGGCUAAUGGCAGCCUCAUGAGCAGGAGGGAGAGCACAACCACUGCCUGGCUAGGUAAGCAAUGCAUCCAAAUGACUUCUGCUGGGAAUUUUAGUUUCAAGUUUUUGAUGAUAAGCUGGUUAUGUCCUCGGCACCAGCACCUAUUUCCUGGGGACAUGGCCAGUCUCUUACUGUUGCUGAUCUUUUCCCAUCUCUGAUGAUAGGAGCCUGCCUUUGGAACCGCUGGUGAAAAGGAUGCAGAUGAGGACCUGAAAAGGAGUUUUACAGAGCUGCAGGAUUCCCUGAGAAGAUCUCAUUGUGGGAAAAUGAUGCAGGGAAAUGAGAGAGGAUGAAACCUGGAUUUGCUCUUCUUGUGUGUUUCUAGAUCCUUCAAGUUUGCUUUCCAGACCUGAAAUGCCACUAGUGAAUAAUCAAGGUAAUGUUUGCCAUCAUUUUAAAUGUGAUCCUUUGGGUACCCCACGUCCAUGCGGUGUGGGCCUGUGUGCGGUCCUGCCCUGCCAACUGCGUGUGCACUCAAGAGCGGAGCUGCUCCGUCCUCUGCGAUCGUGUCGGUCUGGGGCAGAUCCCUACCCAGUUCCCUUGUGAAGCCUCCUCUAUCAACCUGGAUAAAAACAGCAUCAAGUUCCUCUCUGAGAGGGCCUUUGGGACCUUGCCUUCCCUCAAGUCCCUGUCCCUCAAUCACAACAAUAUCUCCUUCAUCACCCCAGGAGCUUUCAAGGGGCUGCCCAGCUUGACUGAGCUGAAGAUGGCCCACAAUGAGUACAUUCGCUAUCUCCACACGCGGACUUUCACUGCCCUCAAAAGGCUGGUGAAGCUGGACCUGGCGGACUGCAACCUUUUCAACAUCCCUGACAGGAUCUUCAUUGAGUUGCCUGCUCUACAGGAGCUCUUCUGCUUCCAGAACAACUUCCGGAGGAUCCCAGGUGCCAUCAGGGGCAUGGAGAACCUGACCCAUGUUUACCUGGAGAGAAACAGGAUUGAAGCGGUAGCCUAUAACUCCCUGCAGGGCCUGACCAAACUGAAAUACCUGAAUCUGCAGGACAACAAGAUAAAUGUAGUUCAUGAGCGAGCUUUUCAGGGCUGCCAGAAGAUGGAAUACCUGUAUCUGAAUGACAAUUUGAUCAGCGAGCUUCCAGAAAACUCCUUUGAUGGCCUCAGGUGCCUGAAGAUGCUCAACCUAGGGGGGAAUUUUCUUAGGAACAUUUCCAACACCUGGUUCAGGGACCUGGGGCAGCUGGAGGUACUCUACCUGGAUCGUAACAGGAUCAACUACAUUGAGGAUGGGGCUUUUGAAAACCUCACCAGCCUGGUUGCGUUGCACUUGAACAGCAACAACCUGACAACCCUGCCCUUUUCGGUCUUCCAGCCAGUGUACUUCCUUGGGCGACUGUACCUCUUCCGCAACCCCUGGGAGUGUGACUGCCGCAUCGAGUGGCUGAAGGAGUGGAUGGAGAAUUACAGGCUUGUCAGGGAUAUUCCCUGUGCCUCCCCCUCCUCAGUAGCUGGGAUUGACCUAAUGGACGUGCUCUAUGAGAGAUCUCCAGAAGGUUACUGUCUUGACCCGGCUGAGCUAAAUGUCACAUCUGAAGGCCCGACCCCAAGUGAAGAGCCUUGGUCUACCACAGACAGCAAGUUCAACAGCCUUAUCUCCAAACUCUUGCUCCAGAUGGGCCUUUCUGAAGAGGUGGCAAAUACCACUGAAGUCUACAGUAACACCACACAGCUGGGUGGACUGACUGAUGGGGUUUCUUCUGGGGUGGGGAAAGACAGAAGGGAGGUCGUCUCCUUCUCUUUUUACCUUCCAGCCCUUUUUACAGUGAUUGUUUGGCAAUGCAAAUAGUCCAAGGGCUACAUGAAGCAUGGGUCCUGCAUAAGCGUUCCUGUACCUACUCAAGUCAUCAGGGAAAAGUUUGUAUUAUGAGCCUCCAAUACAUAACUGGAUCCAAACUCUCCCAUGUUGGGUUGGUUGGAUCUGGCUCCUGAUUCUCCUGGGAGCUAGUGGGAUCUGUUUCAAGGCUGGGUCACACUCCAGGUGAUAAACCUGUCCUGUGGGUUCUUAGUGCCGCCCACUCACACUGCUGUAUGGAAGAUGAGCAAUGAAAGGAUAACUGUAAGGUUGAGUUUCACUUAGAGAGAUGCAAUGGCUCCUGCUGGGAGCAGAGGGAAGAGCAGUCUGUAUGGAUGGCAGUGCGGUACUCUCUAUUCUGCUGGGCCAACUCCAGUUGACCAAACUGUCUGCUUUAUAAGAGCAAGACAAGGCAUCAAAAGCCCCCCCCCCUUCAUAUCCUGACAGACACCCACACCCACAGUGGAUGCUUCUAGAUGCUGGCAAACUGAUUUCCACCAGCAUGUGUGGGGGGAACAGGGCUGUCUUGAGGAGCAUCCAGGGAUGCAACACUAGCCCUUGUGAACAAGAGAACAGCAUCUGGGGAUGGCGCCUGCCCCAGGCAGGGCUGGGACGGGGCACAUACUUCUCUGGGGAAAAGCUAUUUAAACUGAACAGCUUACUUACUAACAUUGUUUCAAUGUGGUUUUACUUCUCAGUAUAUUGUUUCAAGGAACAAUAUACUUUUUUUAUGUUUUAUUUGUAGAUUAUUUCAUGGCAUGAAGGGAGGGGCAGAACAUUGCAAUGACAAAUGCAUCCACGCCCUGCUACAUAUUUUGUAUUUCCACCACUAACGUGUACCAUAUAGCAUGUCAUAUUAUGCUGUACAACCAACUAUGCCAUCAUUUUCUUUCAUAGAAUCAUAGAAUCAUAGAAUGGUUUGGGUUGGAAGGGACCUUGGGUGACAUAGUUUAGUGUGAGGUGUCCCUGCCCAUGACAGGGGGAUUGGAACUAGAUGAUCUUAAGGUCUUUUCCAACCCUAACUACUCUAUGAUUCUAUGAUCUAGUUCUCCAAUCCCCCUGUUAUGGGCAGGGACAGCUCACACUAGACCAGGUUGCUCAAAGCCUCAUCCAUAUGGCAUCUAACAUGUUUUUUUCUUUGAAAUCUUUGAUGAAAGCUGCUAAUAUGAUCAGAAAUAAUUAUCAUGCUUUAUGUGUCAAAGUACAUUAAUAAAAUACUUUGAUAUUUUGCUCACAAAAAUAAAUUAACUGCUCAUCCCCCCCUUUUUAUUUUUGAGAUCCUUGAAUUAUUCUGGCAGUUUUUUUAUAGGCUACUCAAAUUAACACACAUGAAUGUCCUUUUUAUGGUGUAGAGCAAAUGGCACACUAUUUAUUGCAGCAUAAAGAAUAGACACUUUAACUUAGAACAUGAUAGUACUUACAUUUGUGUUAAGUAGUAACACUUUAAAAAAUAAGUGACUAUAUAGAAAUACACUUUUGUGAUAUUUUAACUGUAUCAAAUCAUUAUACAUGGCUUAUACUAUGAUGUACAUGUUCAUAUGAAAUGAUAGAAUAUAUACAAUCUUUUAUUACUGCUAAAAUGUCAUGAAAUAGGAAUAAAAAUGGAAAUAAAUUAAACCCCCCAUCAAACAUUUUCCUACCCCCUUUUUUUCCACUCACCUCUACCCCUUCCUUUCAUGACCAAUUCAACAUGAAUAUGACCACUCUUGCCCCAGUUUGGUCCCUGUGGGUGCUGGAGUAGCAGUGUCAGAGUGGGAGCUACCUUGUCCCAUGCUUUGCUAAGGCUAUGGUUCAGUAUGGACAACACGUCGGCUAAAACCUACUGAGAGUAGCUGUCUUUGUCUCUGGCCCCUCCCUCAGUCACACACUGGCGAGUACCCAAAAAUGUAUGCAAAGGACAGAUCAGCUGAGGAUGGACUUUGGGCAUAGAACAGCUGAAAAGUGGUGGGUAAUGAAUUAUUGCAUGAAGACCUUUUGUUAGCAGCUCCUGUGCCUUUUUACAUCUGGGAUCGCCUGGGAGAACGAAUAAACUUCUUCAAAAAGGGCUCAACCCUUCAGCAAAGGUGCCUUGGGUCAGGUCUGUUCACACUGUUCAGCCCUUGGCCUCAAGCAGCUCUGGCACCCCAGCACAUUUGUAAACAACUCUAUGGAUGGUCCCACAGACCAUAGGGUUGGUUAAAGAGCUGCGAAGAAACCAGCAUCAGCUCAUACGCAAAAUGACUGUGUGCUCCUGACCUACUGGAGCAGCUUCUGCAAGAAACAGGGAAGCUGAUGUUUUGCCUGCAAAAAGGAGGCAUCUCCAGCAGCUUCAAGACACAUGCUUUGAGGCAGCCUGCCUUGGUCUGCAGCACUCUGUCCAAAAAGAUCUACUGCUUUCUAAUUAGCACCAGAGAUUUCUAGAGGAAGGCUGAGUACAAGGGAAACCAAACCCUCCCUG